AUGGAAGAUACAUCAAGACCAGACUAUUUUCAUUACUUUCAAAAUACCGAACCAUCCAAGUGGUCACUUGUUGAUUUUUUAACAUGGAGAUCCGAAAUAUUGCGGUUUUUAGAUAGGUCAAAAGAGCAUAGUGUGUUCAAAUUUUUUCUCCACGAACUUACGACUGACGCAAAUAUCACAAAAGCAAAAAGAGCGCAGGAGUUACUUAAUAACUGGAAUGAGAUUAAGUUUUCUCCGGAAGUUGAAAAUUUCUGGAAUGAUAAUAGGACUCAGAAUUUACUACGGCAAGAGCUCCAGAAUGUCAAGGCGCAAAAUGAACUAAAAACUUUACAGAUUGAAAAUGAGGAUUUAAGUUAUGUUCUUGACCGAAGCAAGGAAUUGAACUUACAUGCUAGUAUGAUUGGGAACAGAAGAAAAUUAAUGUUGGAAAAGAUACGGGAUGAGCAACUCCAAACUAAAUGUGUAAGUGGCAAAGUUCUCAGAAAUGCAUCAAAAAGAAGUCAGGAAGAGUACUCAUUGGAUGAUGAUUCUGAAAAAGGGACCAAAAAAAAUCCAAAACCAUGCUUAGAAUCCAUAUAUUUUACUGCCUUGAGAAAUGAUGACGAUGGCUCAGAAAGUAAUACCGAAUUAAUUGAUAUAGAUCAGGGUAAGGCAAAAAUUAGGGAGAUUGAUGCUUUUUACAUACUAAUGAUGAUUGUGUUUAAUUUCUAG